AUGUCUGACAUUGAGAAGGAGAAAGGUGGAGAGACCGAGCUCCACUCGACCUUUUCCAAGGACAACAUCGACACCGACCAGGUCCUCUCGCACAUCAAGUCCAUCGAUGGCAGAAUCAUCGAUAUCACGGGCGAUGUCGACGAGGCGAUGGAGUAUGCACUGGACGCACAGGACGUCGAGCUUACCGAAAAGGAGGAAAGAAAACUGCUUUUCAAGAUCGACCUCUUCCUCUUACCUCUCAUCUGUCUCCUCUAUGCCUUGCAGUAUAUGGACAAGGUGUCCUCCGGUUACGCAGCCGUGAUGGGCUUGCGGACCUACUACAGUAUGCACGGAGACCAGUACUCGUGGUGUGGUAGUGCCUUCUACUUGGGCUACUUGGUGUUCGAGUUCCCAAUCAGUAUGGCCCUCCAAAGAUUCCCUGUCGUCAAACUCUCUGGAAUUUUCAUUGUCUUGUGGGGUAUGAUUCUCUGCUUGCACGCAGUGCCAAAGAACUACGCCGGGUUCGUCACUUUGAGAACGUUUCUUGGGAUCCUCGAGUCCGCCGUUACCCCUGCCAUGGUCAUCAUCACCGGUCAAUGGUACAAGGCUGACGAACAAUUCUUGAGAACCGCAUAUUGGUUUGCCUGUAAUGGUCUUGGAACCAUCUUGGGUAGUUCCAUUGCCUACGGUUUGGCCAUCCGCGAGGGCUCGUACUCCCUCGAGGCGUGGAAGGUGUUGUUCAUCGUCAUUGGAUGCAUGACCAUCUCUGUUGGUUUCAUGAUCCUUUUGCACAUCCCAGACUUGCCUGUCAAGGCGUGGUUCUUAACCCCAACACAGAGAAAGCAGGUUGUCUUGCGUAUCAAGAGCAACAACCAAGGUUUCGGUAACAAACACUUCAAGAUGCACCAGUUGAAGGAGGCGCUUCUCGACAUCAACACGUGGAUCUGCUUCUUCUACGCGAUCGCCACAGACAUUCCAAACGGUGCGUUGACCAACUUCGGCGCCAUUCUUUUGAAGGAUGUUUUUGGAUACAGUUCCACUCAAAGUUUGCUCAUGAACAUGCCGGGUGGUGCGGUGGAACUCGUCGGCUGCAUUCUCUUUGCAUGGCUCCAGAAGUACUUCAAACAUAAAUUGGCAAUUGCUACAUUUGCUAUGACCAUCACUGUGGGUGCUGUUUCAAUGCUAGCCUUUGCUCUAGAUUCACCAAAGGCUAGAUUGGCCGGCUACUACUUGUACUACAUUUCUCCAGUCGGUACGAUUUGCUGUCUUUCCUGUUUCACUUCGAAUGUGGCUGGCCACACGAAGAAAAUCACUGUCAGCGCUAUGUAUCUGAUCGGCUACUGCGUAGGUAACUUGAUUGGCCCUCAGACAUUCAUUGCCUCCCAAGCUCCAGAAUACAGAGGUGGCCAGAUCUCAAUUGUGGUUUGCUAUUCAAUUUCCGUAAUUGUGAUUGCUUGGUUGUACUACAACUACUGGUCAGAAAACAGAAGAAGAGACAGACUCCUUGCCGAAGGUGCUUUGGAGAUUCCAGACAUCGAGAAUAUUGAGUUUGCCGAUCUAACUGACAAAGAAAACGUCAAAUUCAGAUACAAAUUAUAA